GCCGCUGCCUGGACUAUUGGUGAAUAUGGUGACUUAUUGGUGCGUGAGAAUGGCCUGACAUCUGCCACCUUCACUGAUUUUAAUUCUUAUUCCGAUAUCUUACCCGAACAGCAAAUCGAUUCUUUCGGAUAUCCUAGACAGCAUGACGGCUGGGAUACUCGUGUGGUUUUCACUGAAACUGAGGUUCUUGAUGUUUUAUGGCAGGCGAUGACUUCAAGCCUAUCUACACCACUCACUAAGCAGAUGCUGCUCAAUUCGAUUAUGAAACUGAGCACUCGUUUUUCUUCCGUUCAUCUGCCGUGA